AUGCAUUUUAGGUGUUUGAAGCGGAAGUAUCGGCCUGAGCAACAUAUAGUCCAUAAAUGGAAAGAGGCGUUGACUUGUGUCUCCGGUAAGAUUGGAUUGACGUUCGAUGAUAAAAGCUUAACAGAGAGCGAAUUUAUUGGAAAUCUCGUCAAGGACAUCUUGAUAUUGCUACAAGCCAUUCCCUUGGAGCAAGCCGGAAAUUGUCUUGUUAAAAAACUCCCAGUAAAAGGAGAAACUUCUGCAAUGAAAACGGAUUCUUCCAUAUCCUCCAAGGCUCAAAAAGGAAACGUAGAACGUCCACCUGAAGCUAAGACCAAAAGUUUCACUGGAAGCAACUCUUUAGCUCCUCGUGCAGCCAUUGCCUCGGGACAGGGUCCAACCCCGACAGAAACAGGCCGUAUCACACUUAAGAUUCCCCGCGAGCCUUCAAAGAAAUGCCACGACUUUGGAUAUGGGCCUCGUCCAACAUCGUGA